AAUGUUAUACCCUCAGUAGCUAGCUAGCUAGCUAGCUAAUGCUACACUUUUUCAGGGUUUUGGAAUGGGGGGCUUUUGACCUCUCCAGGUAACAAAUCAGCCUGAAAAUAAAGAAUAUCUUGCAUGUAGUCUGUGGAGCACCACCAUGGUGUUGUUUUUGUUGCACCCUUGUCAGAGCUGGCCAGUGCUACGCUCUGAGUGGUCAGCCUACUUUCAAUGGCCGGGACUUAGUGAAGGGUCAAUUAAGUUUGAAAAAAGCUAUCAAGUUAGGUCUAAUCAACAAAACCCAGCUGUCUACAGGGUGGAUUAGUGACUAGGCUGACAGCUUUCUCCCCUUUAAUGGAGCAAGGCUAGCAGUUCCCCCCUGCUUCCAGUCUUUGUGCUAAGCUAGGCUAAACAUGUUCUGAUACCCAUCUACUCAAUUGCCUCUGGGGAAGAAAGAGGACGUCUCUCCAGUCUCCUCAGUAGACUGUCCAUCAUAGUCAUACUGUAGGUGCGGUGUAAAGUGCGUGUGUGUGUGUGUGUGUGUGUGUGUGUGUGUGUCUUUAAGCAGCUCAAACAGUAGAGCGUCUCAGUGUUUGUUCAGUCUGUCAAUGAGUAAACCUGCAGCAGGAACAACUCCUCACAUACAGUGAACCUGAAGUCACAGCUGUCUGCACCAUGGACACAGGAGUCAGUCCGGGUCAUUAAAGCACUGCUGAUUCACGUCUUGCUGAGCUGAACUGAGAGAGAGCAAGUGAUAAUGGCAGCCGUCGGAGCAGAGGUCGCUGGGUCGUGGUUCCUGUCAGGAGUGGCUGGUUUCUUCAUCCUUCUCGUGCUCCUCUCCAUCUUCCUUACAGCACUCUGCAGCGACUGCAACAAACGUUCUUUUGAGCUGCGAGAGUCUGAGGCCAACAAAAAUCCUUCAACUCUUAUCAGAGUGGUUAAGCUGGAAGAGGCCAUGGUGGCAAGAGAGAAUCCGAUGAUCAAUGAGAUACAAAAUGAUGAAAAAGAUUUUAAUCCUGGUCAAGAAAACACAGUCUCCUUCACUCCUUGGAGGAGCCACCUGGGGGCGCCACAGAACCACCAAGAUGCUCAGACCAAUGGCAGUGCAGCAGUGAUAAAGACAGCAAGUGUUUCUGACACUGCAGGAGAGUCAAAUCCUGAAGAGGAAACCUCCGUCACGUUCACUCCAUGGAGGAGCCACCUCAGGGAGCCACCUAACCAGGAUCAUAUCUACCACACCAUUGGUGAAGGGCGGAGCAGCAGCGGAGGUGAUGCUGACCAGCCAUCAUUACCAACCAAUCAGGAGCAAGAGGAGGAGCACAGCACUCCCUCUGCAGUGGCGGGGGAUUUGAUCGACAGGAAAUCAGUGUAUGCACGAGUCAGCAAAAAGGCGACACCGACCACACCCCCUGUUUAUACACAUGAGGAGGUGCAGGUGGAGGAGGAGGAGUCUUUACCUCCACUGCCUGAUAGGAAGUCUCUGGAGGGAUGACGUGUGAAGUGUGAAAGGACAAAGACUGAAAGACGGCAGCUAAAGGACAAAAAAUGAAAGACUAGGAACAAAUGAUAAAGGAUGAAAUCUGAGUGAACGAGGACGAGAAAUAGAGAUAGGAUACAAAAAGAUAAAAGACAACAAAGGAUGAAGAAAGAAGGAUAAUGGUGUGUUUCCACAAAACACAAUGGAAAUUUUUGCCUUGUGUUGCUCGUGGGAAUAUAGGCACUGUAGUGCCACUGAUGAAUAUUUGCCCUGAAGAGCUGUGCUAACAGCUGUGCUAACCUAACUGGGGAAGGCAGCUACCAGCUAAAGUAAAGUAAAACUGAUGGCUGGAAUAAAGUCAUGUCAAUACGGUAAACACAGAAGCCCCGCAAUCUGAAGCACCAAGAACCAGAACGACAACACUCUAUUAUUUUUUCAUCUUGUCCAGAGCAGCACAUUACUACUUAACUCCUCCCAUGUUACCUGUCACAAUAGACCAACUAAAAUUACUCAGAGCAUUCUGCUAAGAAGCAGCUCAACAAAAACAGUGGCAUGCAGUUUGGGCACCCCUGGUCAAAAUUUUGUUUACUGUGAGUAGUUAAGUCAGGAGAAGACGAACUGAUUUCCAAAAGGCAUGAAGUUGAAGAUGACACAUUUCUUCAGUAUUUUAAUGAUGUUUAGGUCGGGGGACUGUGAGGGCCAUGGCAAAACCUUCAGCUUGCGCCUCUUGAGAUAGUCCAUUGUGGAUUAGAGGUGUGUUUAGGAUCAUUGUCUGUUGUAGAAGCCAUCCUCUCUUCAUCUUCAGCUUUUUUACAGAUGGUGUGAUGUUUGCUUCCAGAGUUUGCUGUAUUAUAAUUGAAUCCUUUCUUCCCUCUACCUGUGAAAUGUUCCCUGUGCCACUGGCUGCAACACAAGCCCAAAGCCUGAUAGAUCCACAUCCGUGUUCUUUACAUGAAAUUCUGCACCCUUUUUUCUCCAAACAUACCUUUGCUCAUUGUGUCCAAAAAGGUCUAUUUAACUUCAUCAGUCCACAGGACUUGUUUCUAAAAAUCAUCAGGCUUGUUUAGAUGUUCCUUUGCAAACUUCCAAUGCUUAAUUUUGUGGUGAGGACACAGGAAAGGUUUUCUUUUGAUGACUAUUCCAUGAAGGUCAUAUUUGUACAGGUGUAUCUGCACAGUAGAACAGUGCACCACCACUCCAGAGUCCAAUAAAUCUUCCUUCAGGUCUUUUGCAAUCAAAUGGGGGGUUUGAUUUAAAAUGAGCAGCUCUCUCAGAAAGUUUUCUUGGUCUUCCAGACCUCAACUUGACCUCCACAGUUGCUGUUAACUUCCAUUUCUUAAUUACGUUAUGAACUGAGGAGACAGCUACCUGUAAACACCUUGCUAUCUUCUUAUAGCCUUCUCCUGCUUUAUGGGCAUCAGUUAUUUAAAUUUCCAGAGUGCUAGGCAGCUGUUUAGAGGAGCUCAUAUUAUAAAGCCAUGAAAUCUGCAUCACCUGUUCUUUCCUAAUGAUAACUGUAGAGAAGAAAGAGCCCUAACAAGCUAAUUAAGGUCUGAGACCCUGGUAAGUUUCCUGAGAGCUCAAAUGUCUUAGGGUGCCCAACCUUUUGCAUGGUGCUCCUUUUCUUUUUUGCUCUAAAAUUGUACAAAACAAAAAUAAUACACUGAUCUUGCUUAGAAUGUUGAAAUACUUAUUUCAUCUUUAACUUCAUGCCUUGAUCAGUUCAUCUGCUACAUAAUUAACUGUAAUUAACACAGUAAAUUAAUUUUUGACAAAGGGUGCCCAAACGUUUGUAUGCAACUGUAGCUUAACAGGUAUCAGAUACAUAUCUUCACAACUUACAAUAUAGUCCUAUGGCUUCGAGUCGAAGAGCUUUGGGUGUCGCACAGAGGGCAACAAUAAGUUAUUCCACCAUUUCUGAUUCUCAGUGAGAUCAGGAGGAUCUCAGCCAGAUCUCAACACUGAUAGGCUUUUGCAACACAGCGUCACGUGAAUUUCUUGUACAAGUUGAAAAUUUUUAACUCAUUUCAUGUCAUUAACAUGCAGUACAAAAUGCUUGCUUUGCCAACAGUGUGAACGCACCGACAAACAAUCAAACUUAAGAUAAAGGACAAAACACAGAAACAUAUAACUUAUAUUUGUGCUUCUAAAAAUGCUAUCCAAGUUAAUUAUUAAACAUAGCGGGGUGAGCUUAUCCAGUGAUUUGGCAUUAGUGACAUUAGUUGGAACUUACUGAAGAUUUAGAACAAAUCAAUCAAAGAAAUAAAAAGAAAAACAACACAUGUUAUUACAUGUUCUUACAUUGUAUGUGUGGAAAGGACUUUUUUCAGGCUUUACACAUCUUGACUUUGCUUUUUGUGUUGAGAUUUGAUUUUAAUGUGGCAUGGUAAAUUAUUGUAAUGACCCCUGACUGCUGAAAGUGCAGAUAUGAUGUAUAUUUUUCUAUAAUAAAGCUAUGCAGUUUAAAAAGA